CCGGCGCCGGGAACUGAGCGGCGCGGGCACGAGCGCUACUGCCGGACGCGAGCGGGGCUGGGGCCAGAAGACGGGCGUCCGGAUCCGGCGGCGCGACCCAGGCGCUUGAGAAUCUCAUUUUCAGCUUCUGCCAGAGCCAGUAGCAGUUGGGAAAGAAGGCUGUGUUCUUUGAAGACCCUGCAGGUGUCGGCCAGUCUUAAAGAGCAGGAUGGAUCUUGACGUGGUUAACAUGUUUGUGAUCGCGGGCGGCACGUUGGCCAUCCCAAUCCUGGCAUUUGUAGCCUCGUUUCUCCUGUGGCCUUCAGCGCUGAUAAAAAUCUAUUACUGGUACUGGCGGAGAACGUUGGGUAUGCAGGUCCGCUACGUUUACCACGAAGACUAUCAGUUCUGUUAUUCCUUCCGGGGCAGGCCUGGGCACAAACCGUCCAUCCUCAUGCUCCAUGGGUUCUCUGCACACAAGGAUAUGUGGCUCAGCGUGGUCAAGUUCCUUCCAAAGAACCUGCACUUGGUCUGCGUGGACAUGCCAGGGCAUGAGGGCACCACCCGAUCCUCCCUGGAUGAUCUGUCCAUAGAUGGGCAAGUAAAGAGGAUACACCAGUUUGUAGAAUGCCUCAAGCUGAACAAAAAACCCUUCCACCUCAUAGGCACCUCCAUGGGUGGCCACGUGGCUGGGGUAUAUGCUGCUUACUACCCAUCAGAUAUCUGCAGUCUUAGUCUCGUGUGCCCUGCUGGCUUGCAGUACUCAACUGAUAAUCAAUUUGUACAGCGGCUCAAAGAACUGCAGAACUCGGCCGCCGUGGAGAAGAUCCCCUUGAUCCCAUCCACCCCAGAGGAGAUGAGUGAAAUGCUCCAGCUCUGCUCCUAUGUCCGCUUCAAGGUGCCCCAGCAGAUCCUGCAAGGCCUUGUUGACGUCCGUAUUCCUCAUAACAACUUCUACAGAAAGCUGUUUUUGGAAAUCGUCAGUGAGAAGUCAAGAUACUCCCUCCAUCAGAACAUGGACAAGAUCAAGGUCCCAACGCAGAUCAUUUGGGGGAAACAAGACCAGGUGCUUGACGUGUCUGGGGCCGACAUGUUGGCCAAGUCGAUCGCCAACUGCCAGGUGGAACUUCUGGAAAACUGUGGGCACUCAGUGGUGAUGGAGAGGCCCAGGAAGACGGCCAAGCUCAUCGUCGACUUCUUAGCUUCUGUGCACAGCACAGGCAACACCAAGAAGCUGGACUGAGACCCCGCCCGCAGCCUGCACUCGCACACAGCAUCCACCCCCAUCUCCAGAAUCGGACACGGCCACCAUUUCUCAGGGAUCCUGCCCCAGACGCGGUCGGAGUGCCGGCGUCCCUGAGGAGGCCAGUCCCGUGUCCCCGGUCUCAACAGAUCCACAGAGCUUUGGGGGCCACGAGGAAAUCUCCAAGAUAUUUUUCACAAUAUAGAAACUCACAUGGGACAAAAUUAAGAAAACCUAGCCAUGAAAUCUACCCAGAAGUCUUCAAGUCGUGUCGCAAAGCGGCUGCCCUGGGACCAUAAUCACCGAGGCCAUUUUCUUUAAAACAUCCUUCACAGACUGAGACUCGAGGUUUUUCUGCUGCUUUGACGUUCUCCCCUGCAUGGUCAGUGGCUGUUAUAGGAGCAUUAGUCUCCAUCUGCUGAGCCCUUCUUUUUUAUGUCUAGUUUAAGUUUUAUGUAGAGGCCCUAUGUGAAUGCAAGUCCGUCAGCUGCAAGACCAGGGAGCAAGAUGCAAGCUAUAAAUGAUAUUAGCACGUGAGGAGGGGUGCGGUCCCAUGUCCGCGGCCCCCCUAGCUGCCAGAGCAGUGGAGAACACGGGUCGGGGGGUCGAUGGGCCCCUGCACGUCAGCCCUGUCAUGAGGGAGCCCGGAACGGUCGCCGUACAAAGAACAGGGUGGGUUUCCUGGGAAUCAUUGAUUAUUUUUUAAAAUAGGACUAAUGAAGCAAUAAUGUUCUAUAAUCAGACUCGGAUUCCACACACAAGCACCUCGUGGGCAUCUUUUCUAUCUUGCUGUGCUACUGAAGACCUUUGGGUGUAAAAUACUAGUUUGUUAAUGAAUUCUGUGAAUUCUGUGAACAGUCAUGUGAUUGAAAAUAAGUCUAAACAGCUGUAAAAGUGACCACAAUGACAUGAAAUAAAUUUAAUAAAUCUAGAUCAGCAACAUGCA